AUGACGGCAACCACCCCGGUCAUGGCAGCCCAACUGGGCCGCAAGCCGCCGCGUUUCCCAGGCCUCCGCGUCCGUCCCGCCCAGUCGUACGACUUCCCGGCGAUGGCCCGCAUGGCCAACGAAAUCUUCCAGCACGAGCGGGACAUCGACCACUUCGACCGAUACCGCAGCGUGAAGAUGGGAUACGAGGACGAGGCCACGGCCGCGGAGAGGCUGCUCGCUGCAGAGACUGACUGGAGGCUUGCCGACAUGCGAAAGAACCGGCGGACGCCGGGCCGCCAUUUCUUAGUCGCCACAUACCUCAAGCAGCCCGCGGCCUAUCUGACUAGCCUCCACGGAGCGCAGCCGAGAGAGGAGAUACUGGGCUGGGCGGAGUGGCAAGACCCGGGCCGCCUGAUAGUAGCGACGUCCACCCCCAGUGAUAGCCUCUCCGAUUCGGAUCAGAGCGAGAACAGCCCCUACCGGUUGAUGGGAAGGCCGGGUGUUGCACUCGGCGAACUACGGCCAAUCCUGGAGGAAAUGAGGCUUGUGCAUGCGAGACAGGAGCUUGUUGUUCCGCCCAAUGGGUUGGCGGUGAGUUUGUCAGAUGUACUCCAGUCUUUCAACGAGGCCGCUACCCGUCAGCCGGAGGACUGGAAACGCUGGUCGAAGGAAUUUCUCCCGAACUGCCUUGAUAAAUACGGUGAUGUCCAUGGCCGGCACCUGGCACAGCCCGUUGGGAUGACUGCGUCGGCCGCCGCCUUCUGA